AUGUAUACUUUUGAUAUCAUCUGUGUAUCUUGGGUAUUUGAAGAGAGUUCUCAUGAAAUAAUUGAUAUUGAGACUGGAACGAGUAAGCAACACCAUCGCCCAUUCACUGAUAUAGGUGAUACCAAAUGGCAAUAUCUUCACGUCUUUAAAUUCCAGAAAUACGCUGCUGUCAUUACACUCCAUAAUUCAUAUCAAGAUAGGAAACCCAGAGGUGUAAGGAAUAAUAGAAUAGUGAAAGCAUGA